AUGGGAAGAAACCUACGACACCUGCUGAUGUUCCUUCUCAUCAUCCUGAAGGAGCCCAACCUGCCAGACGCCGGCCGCACCUGCUCGCCAUCAUCGGUUCAGAAAACCGGCCGCAGCUGCGCACCACCGCGCUGCGAUUGCAAUUUUCUGGGCCUCACCAGCAUCACUCUGAACCUUCCAUCAUCCAUCACAGAUUUAUAUUUGAACCAUAACAAUAUAGCAAUAAUUCGGGAAGGUGUAUUUGUAAAUGUACCCCAGCUACAAAACUUGUCCCUGUCCUACAACCAGAUAACAAUGAUUCUGGAAGGUACAUUUGUAAAUCUGACCCAGCUACAAAAGUUGAAACUGUCCUACAACAAGAUAACAAUGCUUCAGAACGGUGCAUUUGUAAAUUUACCCCAGCUACAAUAUUUGAACCUAUUCUCUAACCAGCUGCAGAUAACAAAGAUUCAGCCAGAUGCAUUUGCCAAUCUGCCCAGGCUACGAACGUUGGAUCUGUCCCUCAACAAGAUAACAAUGAGUAAGCCCGGUAUAUUUGCAAAUCUACCAGGGCUACGAGUGUUGGCACUGUCCAAAAACAAGAUAACAAAGAUGAAGGAAGGUUCAUUUGCAAACCUAUCCGGGCUACGAGAGUUGUGGCUAAAUACCAACAAGAUAACAACGAUUAAUCCAGGUAUAUUUGCAAAUCUACCCUGGUUAGAAAAGUUGUACUUGAGUGGCAACCAGAUAACAUUGAUUCAGGAAGGUACAUUUGUAAAUUUGGCCCAGCUACAAGAGUUGUCCCUGUCCAACAACCAGAUAACAUUGAUUCCGCCGGGUGCAUUUGCAAACUUCACCUUGCUACAAGUGUUGUGGCUGACCAGCAACAAGAUAACAUUGAUUCAGAAAGGUACAUUUGUAAAUCUUACACGGCUACGAUUGUUGUCCCUGUCCUACAACCAGAUAACAAUGAUUCAGCCAGGUGCAUUUGCAAAUGUACCCGGGCUACGACAGUUGUUCCUGUCCCACAACAAGAUAACAAAUAUUAAGGAUGAUGCAUUUGCAAACCUAUCCGGGCUACGAGAGUUGUGGCUGGCCAACAACAAGAUAACAACGAUUAAGCCAGGUAUAUUUGCAAAUCUACCCCAGCUACAAAAGUUGUACCUUACGAACAACAAGAUGUCUGCCAUUGCCCCUUUAGUUUUCAGCUUGUUGCCAUCUAAUUUCGACAUAAAACUUGACGGGAACCCCUGGCAGUGUGACUGUAAGAUGGUUCCCUUCAGGCUAGAUUCGACUGAAUUUCCUUCAUUUAAAGACCAGAUAACAUGUGUCGAACCCGCUAACUUACGGGGACAGAAGCUUACAGAUGUCAGUCCUGAAGAUUUGGUAUGUGCAGAGCCGACCAUAUCAGCACUGUCUGUUGAUGUUCAAGUAACCUUAAAGUUUAACAAUUCUGACAAAGGCACAACAGCUGGCUCCACAGUCAAGAACAAGAAAAACAAAACAAGACCGACAAUAGCUUCACCCCUUAAAAGCAGCAGUUUCCAUGCUGAUACCCGAGCAACUUCUAUAAACUAUCAUAAUUGCACAGCAGCUGGCUCAACAGUAGGUCCUGCAGAAAAAAGAGCCAAAACUAGAGCAAUAAUAAGUCCAACUCUUCAAACCACUCCAGAAAAACCGGAAAGCGACACUUCCAAAGAAUCUGUUUCCAGUUUUCCAAAACCUGCUCUAAUUGGCUCUGUCUGUGGUCCAAUAGCUGGCAUUGCCCUGAUCGGCACCGUCAUUCUCACAAUCUGGUGCAAGAGGAGGACCAAGAAUCCCCCUCCUGGCUCUUCUUCAGGC